GAAAUGUGUCCGCUCCUCAAAUUGGUCCGACUUUGACGCUUGACUAACAGACUCCGAAAGCAUGUGUGCAAAGCGUUCGCAUGACUGCUAAAUGAAGUUUCCGCUACCACUCUGAGUUUUAAAAUAAGGAUGUCAGAUGCUGUAACCCAGAGAAUAAAAGAGCUGGAGACUGAGCUGGAAAAGCUAAGGUCCCAGCUUAAGGAGAGCUGUCAGGCCGGAGAUGACCUGGAGGAAAAGUCCAGUUCAUCUCCCCAAGGGAACACCGGCAGCAAAAAGGAGAGAAGAAAAUCAGGCAAACAGCGUCCGUUUGACUUCGCUGCGCAUCCCCGGCGCCAUGUGGCUGUGCGGCUGGCUUACCUCGGGUGGGCCUACCAGGGCUUUGCAGUUCAGGAAAACACAGACAACACCGUGGAGGCCAGACUCUUUGAGGCGCUGCUGAAGACCCGGCUCAUUCAGGACCGGCAGCUCUCCAACUACCAUCGCUGUGGCCGCACUGAUAAAGGAGUCAGUGCCUUCUCCCAAGUUAUAAGCAUAGACCUGCGAUCCACACAGUUUGGCGGGGGGCUCGGUGUGACCCUCCCUGAGAAGGCGGACUCUAGCUCCAAGUCCGGCGCUUCGGUGCCCGAGCUUCCAUAUGUGAAGAUACUGAACCGAGUGCUGCCUCAGGACAUCCGCGUCCUGGACUGGGCUCCGGUGGCGGAGGGGUUCAGCGCCCGCUUCGACUGCCAGUCGCGCACGUACCGUUACUACUUCCCCCGGGGGCACUUGGAUGUGGAGCUGAUGGCAGACGCUGCAAAAAGAUACGAGGGGCAUCACGACUUCCGCAACCUCUGUAAAAUGGAUGUUGGAAACGGAGUCCUGCAGUUUGAGAGGACCAUCCUGUCGGCAGAGGUGCAGCCUGUGCAGCCGCAGCAGGUCUCCGGCACGCACCACUACGACCUCUUCAUGUUUGAGAUCAAAGGCUUAGCCUUCCUGUACCACCAGGUUCGCUGUAUGAUGGCAGUUCUUCUAUUGAUUGGACAAAAGCUGGAAGCGCCCGAUAUAAUCGAUCAACUCCUAGAUGUUGAAAAGAACCCCAGGAAGCCCCAGUACAGCAUGGCUGUGGAUUACCCGCUGGUGCUGUACGAUUGCCACUUUGAGGGUGUGAGCUGGCAGCGGGAGGCAGAGGAGCUGAACCACGCGCUGUCAUCACUGCAGCAGCACUGGACCCAGAGCACGGUCAAAGCCCACAUCCUGCACGCCAUGAUCCAGGCUCUGGAGGGAAGAGGGGCUGUGCUCUCCAACCAUUGUUUGCUGGUAGAAGGCAGCAGGCAGAGAAACUACCGACCACUGCUCGAUCGUCCAUGCUGUGAAAGUUUGGAGUCAAGGAUUAACCAUUUUGUGAAAAGAGGCAGACUGGAGCGUGAGGAAGGGGAGAAUGGAGGUGAAACGGUCCACAGAGGAAAAAGAUCCAGACAUUCUCACAAUUCAUCUAGUGAGCCUGGUUCCUUGGAGAUACCAAAACAAAAUAUUGAUGAGGAAGCAGAAGAUUAGUUGUUUUUUUGUUUUUAAAAAAGUAUUUUUUCGGAGAAUGGACAUACCAAAUUUUUUUUCAUUUUGUGGAGGGACUUUUCUUUAAGAAUUGUCUUGGAUAUAUAAUGGACAAAUUAAUGGAAGUACUGUGUUUUUUUUAUUGUAUAUUUUGAUAUUUGCAAAUAUUUGUUUUGCUUCAAAAUAAACACGUUGCUUAGGAAAUUGUCUUUGAAUUUAAAUGGACUCCGCAGCUGAGAGGCUGGGAACACAGAACGAGUGAGGCGGAACUAUUAUUAAUACAGGAAGAGAUGUCGGUAUAAUUUCAAAGUGGCCCUUGUCAAGCUAAGAAGCUAGGUUGUUAGCAGCCAAUAUAGUGCAAGCAAGACUUAGACACGGCUGUGUUUAGCCGUAACGAUAUCUUAAACUUAUUUUCCUGGAAUCUUUUCUGCAUUUAAUGAAAAUGAUGAUGGUGUCGUUGGACUGGUUGUUUAUGGUCGUUUCGACCUGAUCAACACUUGUUCUGACGUUAGCUUGUUAGCAGUCCUGGCUGUUUACUGCCCCAGAAAACUGCACUGUGUGCCUGCGCUGAUUUCCACUGUACUUCAAUCAACAGAAGGACUCUUAUCUCGUCUACAAGAUGUACCUCGUGGGACUAACGGGAGGUAUUUCCUCUGGGAAAAGCACCGUGUCUUCAAUGCUUCGGGAGCUUGGGAGUCCCAUUAUUGACGCUGAUGUUGUAGCCCGGAAAGUGGUGGAGCAGCACACUCCUGCCUAUUCCCGUAUCGUCUACCACUUCGGGCCAGAAAUCCUUCUAGAGAACGGGGAGAUCGACAGGGAGAAGCUGGGCCAAAUCAUCUUUGCCAGUGAGGAAAAGAGGAAGCUGCUGAACUCUAUCACCCACCCAGAGAUUCACAAACUAAUGCUUAAAGAGAUCCUGUUGUACUUUCUCAGAGGGUACCGCUACGUGGUGCUGGAUGUGCCCCUUCUCUUUGAAACCAGACGUCUCACUAAGUUUCUGAACCACACGGUGGUGGUCUAUUGCGACCCGGCCACUCAGCUCCAGCGCCUGAUGCAGAGGGACGGCCUGACCCGGGAGCAGGCCGAGCAGCGCGUGGCCGCGCAGAUGCCGCUCAACGAGAAGCGCGGCCUGGCCAAUCACGUUGUCGAGAACUCGGGCAGCCGCGAGGACACCCACCGGCAGGUCCUGCGACUCCACACAAAGCUGGAAGAUUCCAUGGACUUCCUCUUAGUGAGGGUCAUGGCCAUCGCCGCCACCGCUGGUUUGGGCGGGAUACUGCUCUACGCAGUCAAGAUCCUCCUGUCCUAACGGAAGAAAGGAAAGGCAAAGGGGGCAAAGAGCUGAGUCCGAGUCGUGCUCAUAUGUGAAGCUGUGAGUAGAAUCAGGGAAUUGCAGGUCGAGGGUGUUGAUGCAGUUUACUGUGAAAUUAGCUUCACCUAGCACUACUGAGCAGAAGUGGAUGUGCUAUGCUGACUUUUAACACACUCUUAAUUUAUUUAAGGAUUAUUGUGGUUUUGUUUGAAGGGUAUCUGUCGGUUUUCUUCAGAGACACAUAAUAAUGAUGAACUGUAUGGGGGAAACUCAACAGAGGUGGAAGGAUGUACCACGGAGGCUGGUUUAAACUGCAUUUUUAUGUAGCAGUCAAUGUCAGUAACUCACCACAAAGGCCAAGGAAGAAGAGUAAAGAUUUUAUUUUCUAAUGUCUUUUAUGAUACUUUUAAGCAUCCAGAUUUGAUGAGACGGUUGGCAGUAAGCGAGAGAGAGAGCACAAUCCAUAGAGAUUUUUACAGAAUGUUAAUGUUUUCAGUCAUUAAUAUGUUUUUAAACUGGAUGUAAAAAGCACUAAAAAAAGAGGAGCGACAUCACAGAAUCUGUAAUGGCCGCUUAACAGAGUGUGAUGGCAGAAUGUAUUAGACAAUCCAAUUUUACUGGGAACAGUAGGAAGUAACAGUUCAUACUUCUCACUGUAUUUUCUUACAGUUGGGAUGACCUCUGUAAAAAGUCUUCUUUUUUUUUCUUCUUUUUUUUCCUUUGCACGCUUGUAACACAAACCUUUUUAACCUGAUAUGUCUAACUUAAAAAUAAAUGACAACCACUGUUUGAAA